AUGAAGAAGAUGAUGAUGGGUUUCAUGAACCUACGAGGGGUGCUGACAGCUCUCCUUCUGGUCUCUCCCACAUUCGCUCAUGGCGGCCAUGAAACUGUCCCCGACGGAGCCGCAGUCUCGCAAGAACCCAUUGAUUCGACAUUAUGGGUGCACAUGAUCUUGAUGGGAUUCGCCUUUGGCAUUAUCUUUCCACUGGGUAUGGUACUAGGGAUUGUGCGGUCACGCUGGCAUGUUCCUUUACAAAUCGUCGGCACGAUCAUCGCAGUCGUCGCGUACUUCCUAGGUCACGCUCACAAAGGCCGCAAAUUCGGAAAGAAUGUCCACGCCUCGUUCGCAAACCUCUUGAUGAUUCUGCUGGCGGUACAGGUCGUCCUGGGUCUCUAUCUCAAACUGCAUCUUUCCAAGGGGAUCCACGGCCGGAUCCGUCGGUUUUUCGUGAUGCUGCACGGCGUCCUCGGGAAAGCGAUGCCGAUUGUGAGCUGGACACAGAUGGUCUUUGGAGGUAUCGCCGCCAAUGGCUUCUGCCAGGAUGAUCAUCUCGGACAAUGUCUGGCGCACUUCAUUAUGGGUAGCGCAUUUAUCGCCUACGGUAUCAUGCUCACCAUUCUUCUGCUCGUUGGCCAGCUCUGGCUGCGGCGCACUGGCCGGAGUCAAGAGUUCUUUGAUUCCUUGGUUAUCGCCGCCUGGGGUUGCGUCAAUACCUUCACGGAGCACCGAUGGGGAGGACCUUGGGUACACAAUGAUCUGCAGCAUACUACAAUGGGUAUUGUCUGGUGGUGUGCCGGCCUUUUGGGAAUCUGGAUGAGCCGGAAGAGAAACGGGCGCCCCAAGCGGAAUUUGAUCCCGGCUAUCGUGAUCCUAUUGACAGGUUACGCGAUGUCGUCUCAUCCCCAGACCUUGAUGAUCAGCACGAUGGUCCACACCAUCUUCGGCUACACCUUGAUGGCUGCCGGCCUCACGAGAAUCAUUGAGAUUGCCUUUGUACUCAGGGAUCGAGGCUCCGUGAACCCGGACGGCUCGGAUCCUAACAGCUUUCAAUAUCUCACCCCUUUUCUUCUCUACGCAUCUGGCUUUCUGUUCAUGGGUGCAACAGAAGAGCAGAUGCAGCUGCUGCACAACGCUGGGAUCACGCACGUGUCUUACAUUCUGAUUCUAUAUAGCAUCGCCUUCAUCCUCUUCCUCUUCGUAAACAUCCUCCUCCACAUCUACGCCGUCCACGCAUGGCCCGAGUCCGCCAAGUUCCCCUCACGUUCUUCCGCCUCAGACAGGUCCGAGGAUACCUACGUGAAUGGCCAUGCCCGUUCCGCCUCUGAGACGCAGCAAAUCGACGACGCAGAGGCAUUCGAACUGCAGGGCCUCAUUUCAGAUGAAGAAGAUGAUGAUCACAGACCCGGUAACCGCAACAAUGCUCUGGGUCCCCGCAAGACGGAAGAUGAAGAGAGUGCUCCUCUAGUUGCCAAGGAGACGUCGUCGAGCUAA